AUGAGCUUAAUCGCUGCAGAGGAAAAUUCAGGUGCAGAAUUAAUCCCCGUUCCCGCCAAUAUAGAUUGGGAAAUGCUCGACAAAUCCAAGUUUUUCUUCCUCGGCGCCGCUCUUUUCUCGUCGGUUUCUUGCGCUCUUUACCCCGCCGCCGUGUUGAAAACGCGGCAGCAGAUGCUGCCGGAAAAGGUCCCGUGCUCCGAAAUAGCACGGUCCAUCAUCCGCAGCGACGGUUACCGCGGUUUCUACCGCGGUCUAACCACUUCCCUAAUCGGGACCGUCCCAGCUCGAGCGCUCUACAUGGGAGCGCUCGAGCUCACUAGGAGCAACAUGGCCCGUGUUGUCGGACCCCGCCUCGGAUUCUCCGAGGCGGGGGCCUCAGCAGCCGCGAACGCGGCUGCUGGGGCCAGUGCCGCGGCGGCGGCCCAGCUCGUAUGGAACCCUAUCGAUGUCGUGAGCCAGAGGCUCAUGGUUCAAGACUCUUGCCCCGUCUCGUCGUGUCGGUCUAGUGGUGGAGUGGUUACGUUUGCGAAGAUAGUGCGCGAAAACGGGGUGAGGGGGUUGUAUAGAGGGUUUGGGGUGUCCAUACUCACCUAUGCACCCUCCAAUGCUGCAUGGUGGGUGUCCUACUCCGCCGUGCACCGAGAGAUUGGGCACGGCGUGGGGGCCGACGGGGGCGGGGCGACGGAGGUGGCGGUGCAGGGGCUCAGUGCCACCGUCGCUAGUGGAGUGUCUGCACUGGUGACAAUGCCACUCGACACGAUAAAGACACGAACCCAGGUCACAGACGGAGGGGAGAGAAAUUAGGGUUUUGAAAAUUGUGAGGGCAUGGUGAAGGAAGGUGGAUUGGGUGCUUGUUAUAGAGGAUUGGGGCCGAGAUGGGCGGCGAUGUCGGUGUCGGCGACGACGAUGAUCACCACCUACGAGUUUCUCAAGAAGCUCUCAACUAAGAAUUAACAUUAGUAGUAUUAUAUGUUACUACUAUUUUUUUUGUUUAAUUAGUUUCGACAUUGUAUGUUAUGUUUCGUAUUAGUACUAAUGUAUGUUAGUAUAUUAUGGUGCUAAAUUGAUGUAGAGACGUCCAAGAUGUCAAGUAGGAUGUCUUAAUAAUUUUUUGUUAUAUAAUUUAUGGAUGCAAUCAUAGAUUAAAUCUUGACCUCAA